AUGCGCUUGGUCAAAAACAAAAUCGAGCUCAAUGGCUCAGGCACUGUGACGUUGUGUCCGGAAGAGCCCGAAGAUAUGUGGCAUGCAUACAACCUUAUCCGACCGGGAGAUCUCCUCCGUGCCAGCGCGAUCCGACGUGUCACUACGACCCAAGAGACCGGGUCCACGAGCUCCGCACGGAUUCAUCUGACGCUUGAGAUUCGAGUCAAAGACCUAGAUUUCGACCCGCAGAGCUCCCAGCUCCAUGUUAGCGGACAGAUUGUAAACGAGACGCAGCAUACGAAGGUCGGACAGCAUCAUACGUUGGAUCUAGAGCUGAAUCGCAACUUCACCCUCGAGAAGGAAAUAGGGUCGGAUGGAGAGGGGGCGGUUGAUGAGGGCGGAAAACGAAGGGCGGAGGCUGUGGCCGUCGUCAUGCAGGAGGGAAUAGCUCAUAUCUGUUUCAUUGGACAAUUCCAGACGAUCAUGAAGCAGAAAGUUGAAAUGUCGGUUCCGCGGAAACGGCACGGAGGAAGUGAUCAUGACAAGGGUAUGUCGAAAUUCUACCAAAUUACGCUGGACACCCUCGUUCGCCAGAUGGAAUUCAACACCAGCUCUACGUCACUGAUCAGUAAUGAGACCGUGCGUCCCAUUCUGCUCGCAUCCCCAGGUUUUGUCGCAGCCGGGUUCCAAAAAUACAUCCAGUCGGUCGCAACGACCAGUACACCCGGCUUGAAACGGCUUCUACCGAGCAUUGUGGUGGUGCACUCGGCAUCGGGAUAUUUACACUCCCUGGCGGAGGUCCUACAAUCGCCGGCCGUGAAGACCAUCCUCGCGGAUACCAAGUACGCCAGAGAGACAAAACUCAUGGACGAAUUUCUCGAUCAGCUGCGCAAAGAAACUAAUAAAGCGACGUACGGGCCGCGAGAGGUCGAGUCGGCGGUCGACCAAGGCGCCGUCGGCCGUGGUGGAGGGGUCCUUAUCAUUUCCAACCGCCUGUUUCGGUCACAGGACGUGGCGGAACGUAAACGCUGGGUGUCGCUGGUGGAUCGAGUUCGGGAUGUCGAGGGAGGCGAGGUACGAGUACUAAGCUCAGACCACGAGAGUGGGAGGAGAUUGGACGGAUUGGGGGGUAUUGCGGCGCUCUUGACCUUUCCCAUUGUCGAGGAGGACAUGGAAUCAGAGGAUGAAGCAGCUGGUCAUUCCUGA